AUGGCUCCGACAACUCCCCUCCGACCAUCCAAGAUGCCAGCACCUAGCGUUCGUCCGCUAUCCCAACUGACCCCGUUCGAGCAGCUCGUGCACAGCUACUCUACGGGGCCUCCGACAUUGAAUAAGAACGAGGAGGCACGUACUAUACAUCAUUAUCUUUGUCCUCCAUCCCCCAUCCGCAAACAGCAUGCUAACCAUCCGCACAGGCCUGGGACUUCUUCCCGGACGAAUGCAACCUCCGGUUCGAGUCCGCCACUCAGGAUCCCCCGGCCCGCGUCUCGUAUCUUCUCAAAAACCUGCAUGGCGGCAUUGUCCAAACCGGGCUUGUACUCUUAUGGUGGUGUGAGCCGGAACUUGAAGACUACGUAUAUCCGCCCAGUGCCGGCGGGAACUGAGAUCCGGGUGGUGUGUGAACUGGUUCAUAUGGGGAAGCGGAUGGCACUACUACGGGCGGAGAUUCAGAAAUUAGAUGGGAGUGUCUGUGUCGUCGCCGAGCAUGAUAAGGCCAAUUCGGAUCCCGCGGAUAUCAAGAUCUGA